UCUUUAUGCACUGUAUAAGGGAAAAACCUGGAUAAGUUUUCCCCUUGGAUAAGCUGCGACGCGUUUUCUUCAGGUAGGGAGUAUGUCUCCCCUUGGGAAAUGGUUAUUGGCGCCGAAAGGGAGUCCACCUCCGCGGUUAAACGCCGCCAAUAAAACCUAUUUGAUCCUGAUUUGGAAGCACGGGCAGUUCCUGGAACGCAGACACCUCAGACGUUUCACUUCCACCAAGUUUUCACCGUGGGAUCAAUGUUCAGUACGGAAUUGUAUGCUGAGUUACGACGAAAAGGAUCUGCAUCAAGCGGACGCCGUGGUGUUCCAUUUGCAUUUCACGAGGAGUCCGUCCGAGUUGCCAGCGAGAAGCCGGACGGAUCAACGGUGGAUCUUUCUCACGGACGAGUCACCCUUCCACACGUUUUUGCACGACCAUCAGAGACUGUCCAGCUACGACGGUCUGUUCAACUGGUCCAUGUCCUACCGAAUGGACAGCGAUGUGCCGGUUCCCUACGGAAGAACGAUACGAGGCAACUUUUCGACCGAACAUUAUUGGAACGCUGUCGUGAGAGCCUCCAAGACCAAACUGGUCGCCAUAAUGGGCAGCAACUGCGGCGGCCGUAACGGACGGUGGUCUUACGUGAGAGCGCUCAAGUCGUCGCUCCGCGGCAACCUGGACGUCCUCGGCAGAUGCCUGGACGGCAACAGAACCGUCUGCCCGGGUCAUUUCGACCGGGACUGCGCCGCCCUGGGCGCGUACAAGUUCUAUCUGUCGCUCGAGAACUCCAAUUGCCGGGAGUACCUGACGGAGAAGGUAUUCUGGAACGCGUAUCGCAAGUUUGCGGUCCCGAUAAUAAUGGGAGCGUCGCGGCAGGACUGCCGGCGACUGUUGCCGCCGCGCUCCUACCUUCACACGGACGAUUUCGCGGACGCGAAGGCGCUCGCCGGCUACCUCGGAUAUCUGGACCGCGACGACGUGCGUUACCUCGGGUAUCACGAGUGGCGCGAUCGCUACCAGGUGAUAAACGAGCACGGCUACUUCGGCAGCGUCUCCAAGCACUACUGUCGCAUAUGCGAGGCAUUGCAUUACAAUCCCACGAAGCCGAAGGUCUACGCGAGGCUCGAACGCUUUUGGAGCAAGGAGAGAGACUGCGCUCCAGCUAGCGCUUAAAGUUUUCUGCGUUUAUCUAGUCUUCGUAAAAUGUAGAUGAAUUUAAUAUAUAGAUGAACCUUUCAUCAGUGACUUUACGAUGGCGUCGGUUUAACAUUGAACCGUCUUUUAAAAGCAUUUUAAAGUUAUAGAGAUUGCAAUGAAAAAGACAAAAUAAUUAUUAUUGUAAGACGAUAUA